GCUGGCCGACAGCAGUGAAUAGCAAUGGAUAGCAACAGUAACAAGUAACAUUAGCAAGUAUUUGUCUCAGAAGCCGUCGCAUGAAUGUAUUUGUGAAGCCAGUCUCUGAUGAGGUGAAGCGCUGAAUGUCCUUACAAAGUUACCGAAGAUGACACGGAGAUGACUCACCAGUGGCUUGGACAUCUGUGAUUUGACAGAAGAUGAGGCUUGCUCAGUUUGUCAGACUUGUCAUUGCUUGUAAUGAUUGCUAUUGUAGGCACAAACCACACUAACAUGCACAGCAAACUAUAGUGAAUCAUGACUCUUGCUUUUUGCACAUCACACCCACUAAAAAAACUAACUACACAGAUUAUCAUUUAGUUUGUUUUGAAUGGCUCUCAGUUAAUAACCAGUGCCGAAAAUGUCACUAGGUGAGCAGUCUCAAAAGUGGUUUCCAACCCAUGUCCAAGCCACUGUUCUUCAAGCAAACAGUUUACAGCCCAAGGGCAAAAAUGGCACCAAUGAUGCCUACACCAUCAUUCAGCUGGGCAAGGAAAAGUACUCGACGUCAGUGGCAGAGAAAACACUCAAUCCUGUCUGGAGAGAGGAGGCCUCCUUUGAAUUACCUGGUCUGCUUCUGGAGGGCAACCCGGAAGUAUAUGAACUCUGCCUUAUAGUGAUGCAUCGAUCCUUGGUAGGGAUGGACAAGUUCCUGGGUCAGAGGUCCAUCAACCUCAAUGAAAUCUUUGAUAACAAGGAGCGAAAGAAAACUGACUGGUAUUUCUUGGAGUCCAAGCCGGGAAAGAAGAGGAAAGAGCGAGGCCGCAUCCAAGUCAGCAUCCAGUUCAUGAGGAACAACAUGACAGCCAGCAUGUUUGACCUGUCCAUGAAGGAAAAGCCCCGCUCACCUUUCUCCAAACUUAAGGACAAAAUGAAGGGUCGCAAACAUGACAGCAGCUUUGGUGACACCUCUUCCGCCAUUCUGCCCCGCUCUGCUGUAUGCAACCUGGAGCCCAGCCAUCAGUCCUUUACCCCAGAGCAACAACCCCAACCAGAAGCAAAGGUCAAGAGACCAUUACUCGCAGGGGCCCAUAAACUCUCUGCAGCCCACUCCAUGUCAGAUCUCAUUGGCACUCACUUUAGGCCCAAACUGGACUCCAUGAACUCCAUAGAAGAGAGUGGGAGUACAGGUGGACCUCACAGGCGUUCCCAGAGCGAGGUGCCAGGCUAUCAGGACGGUGAGGCACACAGUGACCCUUUCACUGAUAUCAGUGACACCCUGCCACAGAAGUAUGCCACGCUCCCACGCAACCGCAACCCAUUUGAGGGGGAGCACGGGCAGCUGUGGGACCGCACAGAGCGGAAGGAGAAAAAGGAGAAGGUCAGCCUAUUGGAACGCGUGACAGGAAAGAAGGAAGGCCGCAAGACCAGCAACGGGGGGCGAUCGGGCAGCUCUGGAGACCUGCGUUCCCCCAACCCAUUUAGCGGAGACUCACAAGCAGACACUAACCCGUUCAGCUCAAACUACAAAGCCAGUGAUAAGAAGUUGACAGGAAAGGAAGACAUCACCUUUGGCCAGAAGAAGAAGAAGACAGACAUCUAUGGCAAGAAAAAUGAGGUGACACAGGAAAGCGUGGCCGCCUAUAGCAACUUAUCCUUUGAGGAAGUUGUGCAGGAACUCAUCAAGCAGAAAGAGAUAGUGAAAAAGAAAGACGCCCACAUCAGGGAGCUGGAAGACUACAUCGAUAACCUGCUUGUACGUGUCAUGGAGGAGACGCCGAGCAUUCUCCGGACUCCCUACGAGCCAAAAAAGAAGGCGGGUAAACUUAGUAAAAAAUAGUAAGAAGCAAAAAAAAAAAAAAAA